AUGGAUUCUUUUGUGAAUAGAUUUAGAGGGACCACAGAGCUUUGGGCCAACGAAGCUAAUAUGUUCGAUGACUUUGGUCCUUAUGAUGCUGUUAAAGAAUUCUCCCAGCCACCUGUCGAAUUUUUGAAAGAAUGUACUGACGAAAAGUCCGAUUCGGAGUGCCGUAUCAAGUUUGAACAUGGUACAACUACACUAGCUUUCAAAUUUCAAGGCGGUAUCAUCGUUGCCACUGAUUCGCGUGCUUCGGCCGGAAGUUAUAUCGCAUCACAAACCGUAAAGAAAGUCAUCGAGAUCAAUCCAUAUCUUUUAGGAACUAUGGCUGGUGGUGCUGCAGAUUGUCAAUUCUGGGAAAGAGAACUUGGUAGACGAUGUCGAAAUAAAGAACGAAUUUCUGUCGCAGCUGCUUCCAAAUUAUUGGCUAAUAUGGUAUAUCCAUACAAAGGAAUGGGACUCUCAAUGGGAACAAUGGUUACUGGUUGGGACAAAACUGGUCCAAAUUUGUUCUACGUUGAUUCUGAUGGAAGUCGGUUUAAAGGCGAUAUGUUCUCGGUUGGAUCUGGUUCAACGUUUGCAUAUGGUGUGUUAGAUAGUGGAUUAGAUUAUGAAUUGUCCACAAAUGAUGCUAUUGAACUAAGUCGACGCUCGAUCUAUCAUGCUACUUAUAGAGAUGCUGCUUCCGGUGGCUAUGUCAGAAUUUAUCACGUUAAAGAACAAGGUUGGGAAUUUAUUGGCUUGUUUGAUGUUGGUAAUUUACAUUGGGAAUACAAUGGUUUAUAA